GCAAAUCCUGUGGUACCAAAUUCCAUUGGACGAGGAUUGCCCGGAAUCAUACCUUUGCCAUCUGCUACCGAGGUUGGAUCAGCCUCACGUUUUGAAGCCAUCAUCUCGUCAUCAGACGAUGGUCAACGAUGGGUUCACGAAGGAGGUAGCGAACCUACUGACUAUGAGGUGAUUGAGCCGCGCUUUGUCGACCGCUUCGCCAUUUUCUCAUCGCCUACAGCAUUCUGGGCUGCGACAAUUUGCUUAGCCGUAGCCACUACCAUCCUCCUUGGGCUCAUCUGCACUUUCGUUCUCAUAGCCUUCCGGAGGAGGAGCAAACCUGCUGUUGAUGGAGGCAGACCGCCCCCAGGCAGCCUUUAUUCCGCGGCCAUGGAGAACGUAGGCGUUCCUAGGUCAGCUUGCAUGUCGAUUAACGAGAGCACUCUGCCCUCUUGCGACUCAAAGGCGCUUCGACUUGCACCUUAUCCCGAAAACACCGCAAACAAAAAGGUGCGCAUCUGCUACUCGGGUUCACCAACGGAUGCUAGCUUCUACGACUGGCCCCAGGUGAAACUUGAUCCUGGCCGAAAGACGCCAGCAUUGAUGCAUCAACCACUGCCGCAGGAGGAGGCUUCCGCAUACCAGUAUGGUCGCAUGAGACUCCGAGAUGUCACGGCGAUGAGUCCGGAGAUUGUGCUUAACGGGUUUGAAGUAUACCAACCUUUGCUAGCAAUCGCGAACAAUACCGGCGGCGGAAGCACGGCUACGUGGAUUCAUUCCCACAAGCACGGUAUAUCUUCUAAAGGGAGCGACAAAACCGCUAGUGACAGCAUAGAAUUAACUGCGGCGACAGAUGUCAAUAAUAACUUAAACGGAGGCAACCUUUCGAAAAGUACUACCAGUCUGCAUGUGCAGAAAUUCGAAACAAGUUUUGUUUGA